AUGAACCUUCCGCUCACUCUGAGUUUCCGACCAACGGAGCCUUCUCUGUUUCACCGGAAAUCCUUCUCUCCGAUCAAGUAUCCACAAAAACAGCACGUACCCAUUUUUCAUCAACCAAAAUUGGACCCAAGAAGAACUCAGUUCAGGGUCACGGCUAAGAGACCGUCGCCAAUAGAGGGCUUAAGCGAAGAGAUGAGCGCCAUGGCUUCGCAGAAUCUAGACCAUGCGCCUGCUCGGAGACGAGUUCGGUCGGCAUUCGUUGACGUGCAUCAACAGCUUGAUCAUUGCUUGUUCAAGAUGGAUCAUGCUGGCAUCAGAACAGAGGAGUGGUAUGGAAGGAACUCAAAGGGCAUGGAAAUUUUCUGCAAAAGCUGGUUGCCAAAACUAGAUGUUCAAAUCAAAGGUGCUUUAUGUUUUUGCCAUGGGUACGGUAGCACUUGCACAUUCUUCUUUGAAGGUAUCGCUAAGCGAAUUGCUGCAUCUGGGUACGCUGUAUAUGCUGUGGACUAUCCAGGUUUUGGUCUUUCUGAAGGAUUGCAUGGUUACAUCCCAAACUUUGAUGAAUUGAUUGACGAUGUUAAUGAACAAUUUACUAAUAUCAAAGGAAGACCUGAAGUGAAAGGUUUGCCCUGCUUUAUAAUGGGAGAGUCCAUGGGUGGAGCUGUCACUCUCAAGAUUCAUCUAAAAGAACCGUCUAAAUGGGAUGGAGUAAUCCUUGUAGCUCCAAUGUGUAAAGCAAAACUCUUUCCCCAGAAAGACAUGGCUGGCCUAAGCUACAGAGAUCCGAGAAAGAGAAAAACGGCUGGUUACAAUGUGAUUUCUUACAAAGACCACAUGCGAUCAAGAACAGCUGUGGAACUGCUGAAGGCCACAAGUGAUAUAGAAACACAGUUGGAUAAGGUUUCAGGGCCAUUGCUAAUUCUUCAUGGAGCAGCAGAUAAGGUGACCGAUCCUUUAGUGAGCCAGUUACUUUAUGAGAAGGCCUCUAGCAAGGAUAAAACUUUGAAGCUCUAUCAAGAUGGUUAUCACUGCAUUCUUCAAGGGGAACCUGAUGACAUAAUUUUUACUGUCCUAGAUGACAUUGUAACAUGGCUUGAUUUCCGGUGCUCCCCUAAUUAA